AUGGCCCUCCAUCCGCCCUCCAAUCGUCCGCCACCCCUUCACAUCGACGCCGGGGGUCGCAGCGUUUCGGCGGCGAUAGAUCCGAAACAGCCCAAGACCCCGGCGCACAAGAUCAGCAACUUUUUCGGCUGGCGAGCCAACUCGCAGUCCCCCGGCGCAGAGUCAUCUAGCACCGAAAUCUCGGACACAGGUCGUUCACCGCUGCCCUCCCCGUUUCCGUCCUCACUCCCCAGCGCCUCCUACUCGAUCAAUCCGUCCACCACGAUCCCCUUCGAUACCUCCUCUAAGACCGGGCCCGCGCGAAACACGUCCCUCAGCAGUACGGGGGGUAUGGAACUCGGAUCCACCACGCUGGUGGCGGACCUCGAAAAUGAACUGCGGGAGAUCAGUUCCGAGUUGGCCGGAUCUAUCCGGCGGGAGAUGGAGCUCGAGGACCUGGUCGAACGCCUCCAAUCAGAGAUGCCCCUCGACCUGCCCAACCGGCGCACGAGCGAUUACUUCUCUGACUCCGGGUCUAGCUCUAUCCGCUAUGCCUACGAUGGGCGGCCGGAGGACGUGGAGAAAUUUCGGCGUACCGCCGAGCAAGAACGAGCCCAAUUGAAGGUGGAUCUGACCCAGAGAUGGCAAGAAGAGCGAUCCCGCCGUGCGGCUACCGAGGCCCAUGUUCAAAUUCUGGAAUCACAAGUGCAACAGCUCCGACGGGAACGAGUCGAAUUCUCCGACUUGUCAUCUCGGACUAAAGAGCUGGAGGGCGCGCUCGAGAGUGCCCGUCGAAAACUGGCGGAGGAACGCCAGAUCAAAGAUAAUUUUGAGGACCUCCUCACGGCCAUGCGAGUGGAACUCGAGCAGCUGCGAAAUGAGCGGGAUCAGCUACGGAACGAUGUGGUCCCGUCCUUGCAACAUGGCCAGGGCUCGGCCUCCAACCCCUCAGAGGUGCAACGCCUGCUCGAAGAAAUCGAGGCCCUGAAGAUCGAAAAUGCAUCGUUGGCCCAGCUGCAGGGUAGCCGAUUCGCUUCGAUUGCAGAGGAAGACGGCAUGUCCCCUCAGCGGAACUCCGGGUUGGGACUGUCCCGCUCGAAUUCGCUGGCUCGACUGCCGUCGAAGGCGAACGGGGCCAACGGAUUGUCCCGGUCGAGCUCCCUGUCGCGGGCGAACUCGGUCGCCGGCCGGGAGCGUGACACACGGGAGUCGUUGGUUGAGCGGGUGGAAGGUGCGGAAGCUCAGCGCGACGCACUGCAUCAGGCGCUCCGACGCCUGCUGGACCGGCAAGCCCACGACGGCCGCGAAUCGGAGAAACGGAUUCGGCUGUUAGAGUUGGAGCUGCUGCGGGCGCAGCAGGCAGGCUCCCCACGCCGGCGGGGCUACGAGCGAGAGGUUCGUAAUCUGCGCGAGGAGGUCAACCACCUCCGGUAUCGCGCCCAGGAGGCGCUGGACCAGAAGUGGCAAUGCGAAAAGGGACUGGCGGGGCUCAAGAUGGAUCUGGACCGCGCGGAGCAGGAGACCAGUUCGCUGCGGGAGCUGCUGCAGGAGCACGACAUCAUGGUUCCCGACGAGCCGGGCUCGGAGCGGGGCGGAUUCGCUGAGGUGAUUGCCACCUCGUCGUCAUUGGAGUCGGCGUACAAGCAGCUCCAGGUCGACCGGGCGCAUGCGGAGGCGCAGUCGCCACGGGAAGCGCAGGGUGAACUGGCGGCAUCGGUCAGCCGCACGGAGCUCCUGGCGCAGAAUGUCCGGCGGCAACUGGAUAGCAACCAGACACUGCGCAGCCGACUGGCGGAGGCGAUCGGCAAGGGCGAGAAGGAACAGCAUAUCUCGGCAACGCGCAUCAACGCGAUGCAGGCCCGGCUCAAGGAGCUAGAGGAGACGCUGAUGCUGGCGCAGCAGCAGUCGGAGGAGGAAAUGGCGCGGCACGACGAGGAGAUCCGGGGGCUUCAGGAGUGCCACCGGGCGCAGCUGAUGCGUCCGAAGAACGGCGGCCGCAGCCCGUCCAGCCUCUCGCCGCUGCCGCCGUCGACGCCGUUUGGAGCGCGGUCACCGCGACUCGACAAGACGACGAGCGGCGAGGGGAUUCCAUUGCAUCAGGCAGUGGGGUCGGCGGCGUUGGAACAGCGGGUGAAGGAGCUGGAGCGACUGCUGCGCGAUGCGGACACGGAGAUGCGAGAGGUGGUGAGUCGGAUGAACCGGGCGCAGAUCGAGGUGGGAGAGCUGCAGUCUGCCAGGUCUAAUCCAUCCGAUCCCUCUAUUCCUACUUCCAAUCCCAGAUCUGAGAUUAAAUCCGAUCUCCCCUCGGAUACCCGAGCAGAAGCAAACUCUGGCGCCGCCUUCGUGCGUCGCCUCGGCCUCAAAGUCGACCCCCCAAACGCCCCCAAAUCCACCUUAUUUGGCUGGAAUAUCGGCGAACGUCGUCUGCCCUCCGGUCUGGCCACUGUCUCUGCCCUACCCAUCGUCGACAUCCUGUCCCGCGACGAGAUAACGUCCCUGGCCGCCGUCUACUUCGCCAAGGUCGAUCCCUGCUAUGGCUUCCUGGACGCGCACCGCUUCUACGACCGUCUGAAUGCCCGCUGGCGCUCCCCCAUGAGUCCCGGCGUGUAUGAUAGCGUGCUGGCUGGCGUCGCUGCGCUAGGAGGCCUGUUCUCCCAUCGCAUUGUCGACGUCACCGAGCUGCUGCUGGUGGAAUGCGCCCGCUCAGUGCUGGACCUGCGCCAUCAUAGCGGCGCCCCGGGGCUGGAUAUGGUCAUAGGAUGGACCUUGCGUGUUGUUUAUAUGCGCAUGACGGCGUCGCCCCAUGCCACCUGGAUCGCCAGUGCUACCUUAAUGCAUCUUGUUGAAGCCUUGGGAUUGCACCGCGAGGACGAGACCCCGGAGAACGAUUCGGAGACAGCAUGCGAACCGGAUCUGCGCCGACGACUGGUCGGCGUCGCCCGACAUCUGAACCUGUGGGUAUCAUACGAUCUGGGUCUCUCGCGCGUGGUCUUCUGGAACGACAAAUGUCGACCUCCCGCGCCACGGCCAGGCGACUUCACCACGGAGCUGCUGAACCUCCUCCCCGUGUCCGCCAGCCUAGGGCCCGAGGAGACGCCGGACGACCGCGAUCUGGUGUCGUCGCUGCUGCAGACGCUGGACGGCCGACACACUCAGCCGCCAUCCGUCAUGGCGCAGUGCAACCUGGUGCUCUGCAUCCUGCGACGACUACUAGUGAUGAACGCCAGUCUCUCGUCGGCGCUCAAGGACCGCGUGCUGGCGCUGUUCCGCAAGGCGCUGCAGGCGGCGCGCACCAUGGUCCGCGACUGCACGCCGUGGCAUCAUGCGGCCAACGUGCCCUUUCAGAUCGUUGGUGUGCUCUUGGAUAUGGACACGCGGCCGUCGUUGGCCCUGCUGCCGGAGGCGAUGCAGACGCUGCAGUUGGUCGCUGCCACGUAUGAUACUGAUACCAUGCGCGAGGCUUAUGGGACGGCGUGCUGGCUGCUGCGUCUGUAUCAGCGACGUCGACAUGACGAUGUAGAAUUGUUGAGUGGCCUCGUGAGCGCGCAUCAACCGGAGCCGGAUCCAACGGAGUCUACCUUCCAUCAGGAGAUGUCCUGGCUUGAGGAUUUAAUCACCGAGAUGCCGAGUCUUCAGGGGAUGAAUCUCUGGGAGUUGGAGGGAUUUCCCAAUUUUCCUUUAUAG